AUGGCCGGUAACGCCGAAAAAGCUGCAAAGAAAGCGGAAACAGGUGAAAAUGAACGUCGCCCACAUACGGCAUCCGAACUGAGUAAUCUGGCGAUAUACGUGGGGCGCCGACUAGAAAUCAUUCAGAAGAUCACCGAAAAAGUAGAGCGAAUUCAGAACACCGGUUUGGGCGAACUCCGGACUCGAGACCUAAACGAUGAGAUCAACAGACUACUGUGGCAAAAGCGUCACUUGGAGACGCAUAUUUCCGACCUGGGAGCCCGUACCAUACCAGCUUCCUUUGAAUAUGAAGGUCUCGAAGUGCCAGCAAAGCCUGGCUAUAUGUACUUUGGAGCGGCCAAGGAUUUGCCCGGAGUGAGGGAGCAGUUGUUGCGGGCUCUGCCGAAAAAGACGGGAGUCGAUUUGAUGGGGGAUAAUGAUACCGAUCUAGCUAUCCAGAAGGCACUGAUUGAGGUUAUGGUAAACGGUACUUGGAAAUAUCAGGGAAGAGCUGCGACAGUUUCAGAUGCCAGGAAAGGCUCCGAUACCGAUGACCCGACGGCACGGACGCAACGGAGCUUAUUUGAAGACUUACUGUAUUGA